AUGUUUGGCGGCGCCUCGAGCAACUCGUCGGGGCCCAAGCUGGACGAUUCCAAGAGCGACGGCAAGUCGCCCUCGCCCGAGGGCAGCCCGCCGGCGGCCUCGGCUGCUGUGCCCAUCAACAACGCAGACCAGGCCGCCGGCGGCGAGAAGCGCAGCGGCAAUGGCAGCCCGCCUACCCGUCAGGACACGGGCGACAAGAAGCGCAGGAGUAGCGGCGUCGGCAGCAAGGCCAGCAGCCUGCUAGCCUCGGCCAGGAACUCGCUCAACUUCUCGCAGGUUGGCCGCUCCGGAUCGGAUGCGGGCGCUCAGACGCCGCUGCAGAAGCUCGGCAAGCAGGACCCAGCCCUCGCCGUGCCCCAGGGCCAGCACAACAACUCGGCCGGCGACUCGGUCCCGGGGCCAAAGUCCACCUUCCGCGUCGGCGUCUGGGAAGAUAGGAACAAGAAAUGCCGCCGCACCAUGGAGGACACGCAUGCCUUUCUCUACAACUUCCUGGACACGCCGGCCCCGGCCGUCGACUCGGCUGCCGGAAAGGACAAGUCAAGUAAGGACGACAAGGACGUCGCUCGCCGAGAGGUCUCCGAGUCGGACAACGGCUACUUUGCCAUCUUUGAUGGUCAUGCCGGCACGUUUGCCGCCGACUGGUGCGGCAAGAAGCUUCACAUCAUCCUGGAAGACAUGAUACGAAAACACCCCAACAUGCCGAUCCCAGAGCUGCUGGACAUGACGUUUACGGCCGUCGACGCCCAGCUCGAGAAGCUGCCGCUCAAGAACAGCGGGUGCACGGCUGCCAUUGCCGUGCUUCGCUGGGAGGACCGUGUGCCCAGCGAACGAUCCAUCACCGGCUCCCUUGCCAUUGCUCCGGCCGCCGCAAACGUUGCUGCCGGCAAAGCACUGUCCAAGUCGCAAGAGUCGGAAAGGGAAAAGGACGGCCAGUCCGAAGCAUCGCAAGCUGUUCCCAACGAGUCCAUCACUGCGAAGCUCCGGGGAAUGGCGACUCGACAGCGUGUGCUGUACACGGCCAAUGUGGGAGACGCGCGAAUCAUUCUCUGUCGCAACGGCAAGGCCCUGCGUCUUUCCUACGAUCACAAAGGUAGUGACGAGAACGAAGGAAAGCGAAUCUCCAACGCCGGCGGCCUCAUCCUCAACAACCGCGUCAACGGAGUCUUGGCUGUCACCAGAGCACUCGGAGAUACCUAUAUGAAGGAUCUUGUGACGGGACACCCAUACACCACGGAAACGGUCAUACAACAUGACCUUGACGAGUUUAUCAUUAUUGCUUGCGAUGGGUUGUGGGAUGUUUGCAGCGACCAAGAGGCCGUCGAUCUCGUCCGCGAUGUCCACGACCCGAGCGAGGGAUCCAAGAUAUUAGUCGACCACGCCCUCAGCCGAUUCAGCACGGAUAACCUGUCAUGUAUGAUUGUGCGGCUGGACAAGGAGGCUCUUGCGCAGAGCCAGGCUCGCCAGGACAGCGACUCCGAAGCGAACAACGGUGCCGCGGUCAAAGUGAGCGAAGCGGACAAGAUCAUCAUGGACACCAAGCAGAAGAUUGCCGAGGGUGCGACUCCAGCGGUGGGCGUGUCAGCCAGCAAUAGUGGACGCGGCUACGACAGUGCUCCCCCGCAGGAAGAGGGGGGGUUCGUCCCCACGAGCUUGGGCGAUGCAUUGGUCGAGGAGCCCGUUGCUAUUGAGGAUGCCGACAGCCCCGAGCUGGCUACAGGCGAAAGCCCGGCCGUUGCCGCCCCCGAUUCACAACAGGAAGCCAAGGAGCCGGCAGAUGCCUAG